AUGUUACUUUUCUAUUUAAAAAUAGAGGUAGAUAAUUUAAAUUUACAUAUAAUGACUACAUUUGCCGAUAUAUCGAAACAAGUUCAUUUAUUAGAUGAAUUGAUAUUGACAGAGAUGAUAACAGGUAAAAACGACUUUUACGAAGAAUCUAUAGAAUUUAGUAAACAUCUUCUUACUACAAAAUAUUGGUACAUGCGAAUAUCGUGGAAGAAUAAAAAGCAUUUCCUAAUGACACUGCUUGAUGACGUAAAAAGCGUUUGGUCUCUAUCGCUUCUACUGAAGUCUAUUUGGAAUUGCAAGCCUAAAGAUGCAAUAUCUUCUAUAAACGAAAAGCAAAUUUGGAGUAGUUAUGAUCAGGUUCCCUUGGAUAAUAACAGAACCGUACUGCCACUUUCUAUGUUAAACGAAGCUAUGGUUAAUGAUCGCAAUUGGUUUUCGACUCUGAAAUCUGACCAACAAGCAUUAGUACUAUCUGAACUGCUAACGGUAUCAGGUGGUCCACUUAUGUGGGAUAUACUAACUAGAGCCCAGCAGACAUUUGAGCGGCAUCGCCAACAACAGUUACAAGACAUGAUCGACUGUGUUGUUUUGAAUGAACCAACAGUGGAUAAGUCAAAGGCUGUUCCGACUGAGGUCAAAAAAGAAACUCCGCGUCGUAAGACGUCAUUAAAUACGUCAAGUCAAGCUCCACUACCUGGACAAGCCCAAAGAGAGUUGGAAAUAAAUCUGGCAACUUGGAAUUCAACCAUAAAAUCACUCCGGGAUAGCUUUAAACUGGAGGAACUACAAUGGAUGUAUAAAGAUGGCUCCAAGAAGACUAUCUGGAAAGUGAAUAGACCGAAGCCAGAAAGUUUGGAAACUGUUGAUUUUAUUCAGCUUUUACCAGCAAUCAUUGCUAAACGUAUUCUCUUAUACGUGCCUCAAACGCAGUAUGCGGAAAUAUCAAGAGUGAACAGAUAUUGGUCUUUUCUUCUUGAUGAGAUCAAAGCCGAUAUGCUGGCUAGGCAAAAGAUCAAUAUGGAUAUAGAAAAAUUGCGAGAAAUUAUACUACGUCACGACCAAGAACUAGGCAUGUUGAGCGGGUCUGAGCUUUGCACAAAUACGUCUACGCUCGAUGGAGACACCUAUCAUAUAACAUCACCAAUUAGUAUAGAGCCAGUCAAAACAUCGGCUAAUAAGGCCGAUUGGAGGAAACAGGUGAAAAGGCCACCACCAACUACCCUUAGACCAAUUCGAAAAAUGUUCGAUUUUUACGAGCGUUUGGAUCGACGUGGGGCUGCUGAUGAAAACAUGUGGUUAUGGUGUUCGAACAUUUUGAAAUUGCGCAAAAAAGUGAUCGGCCACGACAUUAAAAAGGAAUCUGAAGGAAUCUUACCGUUAGGUGAUUUGAACUUUCCUUGUCCUCUUUUGGUUCACAAUUUUAAUGUUCCCUUGGAUUUUCCUCUCAUUGUGGAUCCAACUCUAAAACAUGCCACCAAGGCCUUAGAAAAUAAACGUUACAGCUGGAAAAAUAAGGAUCUUGCAAUUCUGUAUCCAGUGAUAAAGAUACCAUCUUACCAGUUUCCUUUUUGA